UUUCCUUCUCUUUCUUCCUAUGCUGCAGAGCUUGGAACUUCUUAUUAUGCUGUGGCUGUGGUAAGGAAGAAUUCCAACAUCACCAUCAACAGCUUGAAGGGUGCCCGUUCCUGUCACACAGGCAUCAACAGAACUGCAGGCUGGGAUGUGCCAGUGGGUUAUCUCACUGACAGUGGGCGCCUGGCAGCAAUGGGAUGUGACUUUCCCAGAGCUGUAAGUGACUAUUUCAAUGCAAGCUGUGUUCCUGGAGCAAAUGUUGCCAACUAUCCCAAAUCCCUCUGUCAGCUCUGCAAAGGGAAUUCGGAUGGACGGAACAAAUGCGAACGCAAUUCCCAAGAGCAAUACUAUGACUACAGUGGAGCUUUCAGGUGUUUGGCUGAAGGUGCUGGAGAGGUUGCUUUUGUGAAGCACAGCACAGUGCCUGAAAAUACAGAUGGGAGAAGUCUUUCUUCGUGGGCUCAGCGGCUUCGCUCCCAGGACUUCCAACUUGUGUGUCACAAUGGCAACACAGCUGAUGUGACCGAGUGGAGAACCUGCCACCUGGCCCGAGUCCCUGCUCGGGCCGUGGUUGUGCGGCCAGAUACAGAUGGGACAGUUAUCUUCCAGCUCCUAAACCAGGGACAACAAAGAUUUAAUGGGGUGGGUGCCAAGUUUCAGAUGUUUGACUCUGCAGCCUACAGAGCCCAAAAUCUUCUGUUCCGAGACUCCACCACAGAGCUCACUGCAAUCACUGCUCAGAAUUACCAGGCCUGGCUGGGUGAGGAGUAUCUUCGUGCCAUGCAAGCUCUGAGCUGCAACCCCAACACAUUGCCAGAAAGCCUGAACUGGUGUGUUGUAUCCACUGAGGAGAUUUGGAAGUGUGGUGAAAUGGCCAUUGCCUUUAGGAAAAAGAAUUUGAAACCAGCAAUUCAGUGUAUUUCAGCCAAGACAAAGGAACACUGCAUGGAGCUGAUCCAGAAAAAGGAAAGUGAUGCUGUAGUUCUGGGUGGAGCUGAUAUUUACACAGCUGGGAAGACAUAUGGCCUUGUACCAGCAGCUGGAGAAAGUUACUCUGCUGAUGAUAGCAGCAAUGCAUACUAUGCCGUGGUGUUAGUGAAACGAAAUGUGUCCAAUGCAUUCACCAUCAGUGACCUGAAAGGGAAGAAGUCUUGCCAUACAGGACUGGGGAGAAAUGCUGGAUGGAAUAUUCCUAUUGGCAUACUAAUUAAGAGGGGGAUUAUUAAGGCCAGAGACUGUAAUAUUCCUCAAGCUGUGAGUGAGUUUUUCUCUGCCAGCUGUGUGCCAUCAGCUGAGCAGGACAAUUACCCAUCAAAACUCUGUCAGCUGUGUAUUGGAGAUGAGAAUGGAAACAAUAAAUGCAGUGCAAGCAGCCAAGAACGUUAUUACAGCUACAGUGGAGCCUUCAGGUGCCUGGCACAGGACUCUGGGGAUGUGGCUUUUGUGAAGCACUCAACAGUGUUUGAGAACACAGAUGGUAAAAACAGUGCUAGUUGGGCCCAAAACUUGAAGUCCAGUGAUUUCCAGUUACUGUGUCCAAAUGGUGCCCGUGCUGAGGUCACCCAGUUUGCAGAUUGUCACCUGGCACGGGUGCCAGCUCAGGCCAUUAUGGUUCACCCAGAUGUCAACGUUUUUGCUCUAUAUGGACUACUGGACAAAGCCCAGGUCUACUUUGGAAACAGCAGCAAUGAAAAUGGAUUUAAAAUGUUUGAUUCUUCAACUUUUCAAGGAAAAGACUUGAUCUUUAAGGAUUCUGCUGUUGAGAUUGUGCCAGUAGAAGAGAAGAGAACAUACACAGAAUGGCUGGGGAGUGAAUAUGUUGAUUCCCUUGAAGGGAUGCAAACACCACAGUGUUCUGGGGCAGGUGAUAAGAUGAGGCAAUACUCACUCAUGGCUACUGUCAUUCCCCUUCUUGUUUUAUGUCCGAUCCAAGGCUUGGACUAG